GAAGAAGGGGUGGAUGAAUGAGUGUGGUUGGAGGAACGGGUGAGAGAGAGAAUGUGUGAGUGAGAGAGACAGAGAGAACCGAAGUAUGAGCUGGAAAGGAGGGGUAACACCAUUUCCAGUAUUCUACGGGACUUGGAAGAAAAACGUUCAUUCCUAAAGCGGUCGGCUUCAUUAUCAUCAUCACCCCCCUGCGCUAGAGCUUUCACUACUUUUAUUUGGACUUUUGUCUGCGUCAGACAUGAAUGGUGGUCGUUCCUUUUUUCCCUUCAACCCUAAGUACAUACAGCCUAAACAAAAUAAACCAAGGAGGUAGCGGUGAGGUCGAGGUGGUUGUUGGUCACUUUUCUUUCUGAGUCUUCUCCUCAGCGCACUCGGGAUGGAUGGAUAGGAUGGACUUCGCAGACGCGGGAGACGGAGCGCGCAACGACGAGGCUUUUGGAAACUUUCACGUGGAGUAGUUCAGCGGUUCCACUCAAAGGCGUUUGGCGACGCUAACAUUAGAGGCGCUUUUCUUUUGCGUGGGGAAAAAAAACGAACAACCAAAAAGAAUGGCCCGGACGGCUUUGUUUCUCCUGCUGUGGAUCUUGACGUGGCUGGGGGAUGCGAAGAGCACGUACCCGCAGCGCUACAGCCUGUACUCGGGCCAGACGCAGUCUCCUCAGCACAACAGCGCAGCCCACGGAGCGCGGGCGGCCAGCCGACACAGGAACUGGUGUGCGUAUGUAGUGACGAAGACAGUGAGCUGUAUGGUGGAGGAUGGGGUGGAGACCUACGUCAAGCCAGACUACCAUCCUUGUUCCUGGAAUGUGCAAUGCUCCCGCGUAGUGGCCUACCGUACCUUCAUGAGGCCCAGGUACAAGACGACGUACAAGAUGGUGACGGAGAUGGAGUGGAAGUGUUGCCAUGGUUACAGCGGGGAAGACUGCAACGUGGGCCCCGUGGGGGGCUCCGGGACCCAGGUGUCCACCACCAGGCCCCGGCCUCGGCCUGGCCAGGGUGGGACCGGCACCGGACAGGGCGGAGGAGACAGUGGGCGAGGGGACAGCGACAAGAUGAGGCGGCUGGAGGAGAAGAUCCAGAGCCUGACCAAGGACCUGGACAACGUGAAGUCCACCCUGCGCGGCAUGAACGGAGGCAGCGGGGGAUCGGGCCACACCGGCAGCACGAGCCAGGGGGGAGGAGGAGGAGGAGGAGGAGGAGGAGGAGGAAGGAACCCAGCAGACGCCGCCCAGCCAGAGAUAAAGGAGAUGAUCAACAGCAUCCAGAACAAGCUGGACCAGCUGGAUAACCGCACCCAGGACCAUGACAAAACGCUUGUCAACAUCAACAACCACCUCGUGAACGGCAAGGGCAAAGAGCUGGAGGGAGGACUGUCUGGAGGAGGAGGAGGAGGAGCAGGAGGAGGAGGAGGAGGAGGAGGCGGCGUGGGAGGAGGGAAGGGGAACUCCCUGAAGGAGGAGAUCCUGAGCGAGCUGGAGAGGAGGGUGUCUCUCUCCUGCUCCUUCUGCCAGGAAGGUGUGGAGAAUCUGCGGAACCAGCAGCGGGAGGACCGCGAGAGGAUCCGCGCCCUGGAGAAGCAGCUGACCGUGAUAGACUCCCGGUACCGCCUGAGCCUGGACGGGCUGCGGCGGGACGUGACGCGCUCCCAGGGCUGCUGCGACGGCGUCGGUGACCUGAAGACGCGCCUCGCCGGCGCCGAGCGGAAGAUAGCCGCCACCUCGGAGAAAUACGACGUCAUCCAGACCAAACUGGAUAAGGGGCCAGCUGGAGGAGAGGGAGGAGGAGGAAGAGGAGGAGGAGAAGGAGGAAGGGGGGGGGUCGCCGUGGUGACGGAGGACCUGCUGGACGCGCGGCUGCGGGACCUGGAGCGGCGGGUCAACGGCUCGGCGCGGCAGGCGGAGAGGAGCUGCUCCUUCGUGGAGAACGAGGUGAAGGACCUGCGGACGGUGUUCCUGGACCGCUUCGACGACCAGGGCUUCCGCAUCUCGGACGUGGAGCUGGACGUGGGCCUGGUCAAGGACCAGGUGACGGAGCAGGACGGCAGGCUGGCCCGCCUGGAGAACGCCACCGCCCUCGUCGGCCGCAGGAUGGAGGAGUGCGGCUGCGGCCUGGACGCAGGAGGAGGAGCGGGUGGAGGAGGCGGUGCAACAGGAGGAGGAGGAGGAGGAGGAGGGCAGGGAGGAUCAGUGACCGGCGGGGGAGCAAGAGGGGAAGGAGGACGGGGAGACGGGGGAGGGAAUAGAGGGACGGGAGGAGGAGGAGGAGGAUUUGGAGGAUCCGGGGGAGCUGGAGGGAGAGGGUCAGCAGGAGGGUCGACGGGAGGGACCCUCGGAGGAGGCAGCGGGGGGGCUGCCGGGGGACUACCGGGGACUGACGACACCACAGAGAUAUCUCUGGAGUGGAGGGUCUUCGCCAAUGAGGACAAGAUCCACCGCUUCAGCACCACCCUCAGAAAUCUGUCUGUGUCCGGAGACUCUCUGUUCGACAAGGUGGUGGACCUGAGCCACGACGUGCGUAAGAUCAAAGCCCUGACGGGGGACAGCGGGGAGCACUUCAACCGCAUCGUCACCGAGAUCGAGACCCUGGGACACGGCUGUGGGGACACGUGCAGCAGGGUGGAGGACGAGCUGCGCAGGCUGAAGAACGACACCCGGAACGCCCUGGACCGCCUCCAGGUCCGCGUCGAGACCCUGCAGGGCGGCGGGGGGGCGACCCACCGGGGGCCUUGUUCCCAGGGCUGCUCCGACCUGCAGGAGGAGGUGGGCCUUCUCAGACAGGACGUGGAGAAGUGCGCGCGACAGUGCAAGAACGGACCCGACACGUCCGCAGACGGGGGUAGCGGCGGCACGGGGAUUUCUGGAGGCGGGCUGGGGGGCGAGAAGCCCCUGGACGGCCACAGCGUGAUCGGGGGCACCCUGAACAACAACCACCUGAAGAGGCUGCAGGGCGAGCUCUCAGAGGUCCUGCUGACCUUCAGCUCCAUCAACGACACGCUGAAGGGCCUGGAGCACACCACGCACAAGCACGGCAGCGUCAUCACCGACCUCGGAAACACAAAGGACAAGAUCAUCUCCGAGCUGGACAAGAUCCAGCUGGAGGUGAACGAGCACAUCGAGGGGAGCCGCGACCGGCUGGACGGGAUGGAUCGGGACGUGCGGCGCUUCGAGAGCACCCUGGUGGUGGAGAUGGGCGACUGCAGGCGGUCCGGCGACGGGCUGGAGAAGAGGCUGUCCAAGCUGGAGGGGGUGUGCAGCCGGAUGGACGGCGUGUCGGACUCCCUCCAGAGGAUCAAGGACGGGCUGAACAAGCACGUGACGGGCCUGUGGAGCUGUGUGAGCGGCCUGAACUCCACCGUGAUCGCGCACGGAGAAAUCCUCGACGACAUCCAGAACGAGCAGCUGGACGGCAUCCACGGCAACAUCAAGAACCUCAACUCCUCCAUCAACCACGUCCUCGACGCGUUCCAGAGCUUCUCGGAGAAGGAUCUGACCGGACCCCCCGGACCCCCCGGACGCCCAGGAGAGAGAGGCUUCACUGGUCAGCAGGGUAGCAAGGGUCCCGUCGGCCCCCCUGGGAGAGUGGGAGACUACGGACCAAGGGGAUCACCAGGUCCCAAAGGUGAAGCAGGAAUGCCUGGGGCCGAUGCCAAUGUGCCCAAGCUGUCCUUCUCUGCCGCCCUCACUAAACCCAUCGAGAGACCUGGCACCAUCAAAUUCGACACCAUCUUUGUCAACGAAGGAGACUUCUACGACCCUUCGACAGGCGUGUUCACCGCUCCCGUGGACGGCCACUACUUCUUCAGCGCCGUGCUGACGGGCCACAAGAACGAGAAGAUCGAGGCGGUGCUGUCCAAGUCCAACUACGGCAUGGCCCGCGCCGACUCCGGGGGCUACCAGCCCGAGGGCCUGGAGAACAAGCCGGCGGCGGAGGCCCGGACGCCGCCGGGCGCCCUGGCUGUGUUCAACGUCAUCCUGCCGCUGCAGGCCCAGGACACGGUGUGCAUCGACCUGGUGAUGGGCAAGCUGGCCCACUCCACGGAGCCCCUCACCAUCUUCAGCGGGGUCCUGCUGUACGAGGACAUGUGAGGGGAGGCCCCCCCCCCCCCCCCCCCCCCUUUGGAUCACAGAGAGGUCAGCUUCCGCGAGGCUGUUCCCCUCACACUCUCCUUCCUGUGAACUUGCUUGUUGAAAGGAGAUGGAGGAGAGACGAGGGAGAUGAGAGACCUGUGUUGACUGCAUGUGUGGAAGAAGAAUAGAGGAGAAGAGGAGGAAUGAAUGAAUGAAUGGACUUUUUUUUGCGACUUGUGUUUCGACGUUGACAACCGGAUUUAAGAGAGGAGAGGGAAAAAAAAAGAAAAAAAAAGAAUGAACUAAAACUAAACGACGAAGCCAGAGAAUGUUCAGAAAAAUAACUUUUUUCAAUAUUAAAUAUUGAAAAUAAACAGGAGGAGGAGUCCACUGCCUAAAUUAUUACAUCACUUCCUUUGUCUCGUUCCUGGCUCUCAGAGUGGUGAUGAACGUGAUGGAAGCACAUGAACUGCUUGACUACCAGAUAAACGCUUAGAACCUGAGCGAAGACUUUUACCCGUCCAUAAUCGAAUCGACUGCGUUGCAUUUCUCGAGACAUGCUCACCACACAGAGUUGUACUACUGCAGAAAGAUGUAUGUUACUAUUACGGUGCCUCAUUUUAUAUAAAUCACUAUGGACAAGAGCUAGGCUUACGGCAAUGGCUUUAUGCACGAAAGCCCAAAGUCUUGAUGACUAUGUACCUGUUUUAGCUGCCAAGUGAUUCCCUGCCAAAGAGCCUGUGUCCAUAGGCUUUCAGUUGAGAUAAUAAAGAAUCCUCUAGUGCCUUUAAACACGUAGCAAUUGAUUUUGAGACGUGACCCGACUGUAGAUUCUAUGGCAGAAUUCAUUGGAUUGUGUCUAUAGGAACUUUGUUUUUGAGUUAGCAUUACUGAGAAGAGGCUAUGCAAAUACUGACGAAAUUGAAUGCAAUAGCGCUCUAUUAAUGCAAAUGACAGUAUUUGCUACGGAAGAGAAAGGACAAUGUUGUAUGGAGAGCAAACCGUGUGCACAUAGCUUUACACAUUUUUGCUACAGAGAUCAAUACACCAAUCAAGGUCAAAGGACAAAGUUAAGCCAAAGUUAAGCCAAAUGUCUUGUGUGUUGGAGUACAGCAGCCAGAUGUGAAGAAAUGGUGACUCCUAUUUCAGCUUUUUUAACUCGUGUUAUUCUAUUUGGAUGAAUUCACAUUGUGAAUGUUUUGUUUCUGCUUUAUAUCAAAGUGCACCUUUCUUUCUCUUUUUGUUUUAAUUUUUUAUAUCUUUCCAUGUGCCUUUCACCACAAAAAGUCCAUUGUAAAGGAUUAAACAGUUUUCAAGAUUUGUCCAACCUCACCACAAAAUCAUGCAAACACAAAAAGACGUCUGACAUGUACUCAGUGUGGCCCUUGAUUAUAAAAACAGACAGAAAAUAUAAUUUCGAGACUCAUAAGACACCAUCUUGAAAUAAACAUUAAUUCCAAUAAAAAUAAAAAUAUUCUAUGUUACAA